UGAAAGCCUUAACUUUUGUUUUAUGUAUAAAGACUUCACAAACACGUUCAUGUGUAACAGUAACUACAACAGUUGGUCUUUAAAAUGAAACCGAAAACGUUCAUGAGUUUUGUAGUUCAAUUAAUCGUUUUAAGAUAUCAGUAUGGUGAAGGUCACGAGGCUGAUCCAGGAUACGGCCGGAAAUGGCUUCAUUUCAUAGAUGAGGGGGGACAACGUCACAUCAUGAAUUUCUCGAGCAUUCCAGAAGUAUUUCACAGCUUAACACUUGGCCAUACAAUUCUUAGAUUAUAUACAAGAAAUAAUAAGAAUACAGCGGAACGAUUAAAAUUACCUCGAACCGGCGAUUUGUUUAUUAAAAGCAGAUACUUCAAUGCAGCAAACGAUGUUAAAAUUAUAACACAUGGAUGGUUUUCUUCGAACAAUGCCAGCUGGUUAGAGGAUAUGAAAGAUACGUUCCUUCAAGAUAUGGAUCUAAACGUCAUAACUGUUGACUGGAGCAGCUUAGCACAGAACAUCUUAUAUCCGGCCUCGGCACUGGCUACGAGACAUGUGGGCAAGAAGGUUGCGCGCUUGAUAAAUGCCCUAAAACGAAGUUACAGCAUAAAAAGUGAUAUGGUCCAUCUAAUAGGUCACAGCCUAGGUGCCCAUGUAAUGGGUUACGCUGGAAGUUACACUCAAGAUGACCCUGUAUUUAGGAUAACUGGCUUAGAUCCCGCACGACCUUUAUUUGAAGUGCCGAAAUUGCCAGAUAAAUAUAUUUUAGAUAAAAGUGAUGCAGUUUUUGUAGACGUAAUACACACUGAUGCUGGAGUGCUGGGCUUUUCAAGCAAUUGUGGGCAUGUUGACUUUUUUCCCAAUGGAGGCAAACCAAUCCAACCAGGCUGUACUGGUAAUAUAGUAGAACAAGAAGCUUGCAGUCACGGAAGAUCGUGCGACCUGUUUGUUGAAUCAAUAAGUUAUGCGUCAACUGAUAAUGGAUUUACAUCGCGCCUUUGUGAAAGUUGGGAUCAAUAUAUAAAUGGUUUAUGCAAGGACGCACCGGAGGCUAAAAUGGGAUAUCCUGUUUCUCCCACGGUUCGGGGAACUUAUUAUCUGUAUACGUCGAAUCAAACCAAAUAUUCAGUGGACUAAGUAAUGUGUACAUUAAUGGAACUAAAAAAUGCCUCAAUCUAUAUUUAGUUCCACUUAUCAGUUAUUUAUGAUGUCAAGAUUAUUUAAAGAUUUUCUAAUCAAAUAAAUAAAGAAUUUGUAAUAAUAAAUAUUAAAUAUUGAGUCAAUUGAAUAUAGGUAUCUCUAGUAGAUAUAGUAUGGUGAACUUAAUUAUUUACUUCAUAACAGUAUUUUUUAAAUUAGUUAAAUAUAUUAUAAUGAAUUUAGUGCAUUA